AUGCGAAUACAUUGUAUCGGACCUGGAUCGAUUGGCUCCCUACUCUGUUUUCAUCUUCAAUCGGUCACGCCGAUUACGCUUCUGCUCCGCUCUCGUCAAGCUCAACAUCGACGCUCUAGCCCAACCCUUUCGAUUCAACUGGAGCAUCAAGACCAUACAAGGACAGCCACAGGGUUCAGCUAUGAGCUCCUAGGCAAGCAGCAACAGCAGCCUAUCGAAAGCCUGAUCGUGACCACCAAAGCCCCACACGUGCUCGAAUCAUUGCAACGCGUUCGCCAUCGAUUGUCAGCCACCUCCACCGUCUUGCUCUUGCACAAUGGUCUCGGGGUCGUCGAGGAACUCAUUGAGACUUGCUUCCAGGAGCCCAGCUCGCGUCCCACCUUCGUACUCGCAACCACUUCGCAUGGUGUCUACCGAAUCGACAAAGGUCUUGCCGACGCCGAAGCCGGCUCUCAUGGCCGGUUCUGUCACGCCGGCCUGGGUGAUAUCAGGCUAGGCGUAUUACCCAAUGCAAUGAUGAAAAAUUGUCUAGAACGGCUCACUGGACAGACCAAUCACCCUUCGAGUAGCGACGAUGGCCAAAAUUCAGAAAACGAUAAUCCGAUCCUGAAUCCGCUCUCGCGGACGAAACCUGUCUUGGAGGAACAUCUACCGGUCAUCAAUCCGGAAACCCGAUCGCUUCACCAUACACUAACAAGCUUGUUGGACCCAGCGAUAGCGAAGGAGUUGAACACCAAAUGGCUUUCGAUGGGCGCCUUCCAAACCUCAGCGCUGGUCAAGCUGACCGUCAAUGCAGCUAUCAACCCGAUCAGUGCACUCCUGGAGACCCGGAAUGAGGCGCUGCAUCGAGAGAGCUCAUUCGAUUCGCUUUCCCGACGGGUCUGCGAGGAAGCCAGUGCAGUCUUUGCUGCACAAGCUGGCCAGCCAUUCCGCCCCCACCACCCUCUCUCAGCUUCCAACCUCCACCGAGUCGUCACCGACAUCGUCCUCGCCACCCGCGACAACAUCUCCUCCAUGUGCUCCGAUAUUCGCACCCUCGCCACUAACCGGAUCUCCCCUCCAAACACACUUUCCAAGGCCAACCUCGCCCGCCUCGCUUCCUCUCAAGCCCCACUCAAAACACCUAACUACCAGGAACUCAUCGACGGCCAAGAACCAAAAUCGGUCAAGGAAACUAGCACUGAAAUCGAUUAUAUCAACGGCUACAUUUGUCGCUUGGGGGCCCAAUACGGCGUGGACACCCCUCUCAACCAAUCGCUCUCUGACCUGAUUAAACUAAAAUCUGUGGCUAUCAAACACGCUCAAGUCUUGCCUAAACUACCAAGAGUUAAUCGCAGGUUGAAAAUCAAUAGACCAGAGACUGAUCAUCCAGAUCCGCUCCACCAACAGCAAGAAAACAAAGAAGACAAAUGA